CUGUCAUACAUUUAAAUAUAAACAUAUCAGCAUACAUUUAAAUAUAAACAAAAAAUUCAAAUGGGAACCGAUUGUUUAAUUAAGUUAUAAUUCAUUAUUACAAAAAAAUUGAAAAUGAUUCACGAGAUAUUAUUCCAAAUAUUCAAUAAGUCCCAUUCAUCCAAAAAUGAUUUGUCCCAUUACUCAAAUCUAUUGGAACUGCAAGAAUUCUUACAUCCAGCAGAAAAAAAUUUGAUAAUGAAAAUUCAGGAAAUUCCUCUGAAGUAUCAUAAAAUUAUGGACUUCAUAAAUGCAGUAAAUAAUAAGUUAUAUGAGCAGAAAGAGAAUAACCAAACAAAGUUAAAAUAUGAAAAUGUAUCUAGAGGACUAUACAUUAAAGGCUUCGCCUGUGGUAUGCAUGAAGCAUUGGAACCUUAUAGAAAAGAUAUAAUUGAAUUAGAAAAUAUAUAUCUCAACAAUCCACAACUUCCAUUAACAUAUAUUUUAAGUACUGUUGAUAAGUAUGAAGUUCUUUUUGAUGAUUUAAAUUUCAUGAUUGAGGUGAUUAUUGCUGAUAAUCUGUAUGGGUGUUUGUUGAUUGGAAGGUUACAAAAAUAUUUAUAUAGCGGUAAUGAAAUGACAUCAGAUGCCGCUAAGAUAAUUAUUAAAACCAUAAAUAUAACUUUCUUUCACCAACUUUCCAAUUGGAUAAUUUACGGUGAAAUAGUAGAUGCUUACAAUGAAUUUUUCAUAAGAGAUGAAAAAUGUCCAGAUUCAAAUUUUUUAUACUCUGAGCAAAUUGACAACUGCAAUUCAACAAAACGGAUAAGAGUGAGAAUACCUACAAGGGUUAACAAGUUUUCAAUUAACUGGAAAAUGGUUCCUCUCUUUAUCAAUGAAGAUAUAGUAGAAAGUAUACUUUUCAUGGGCAGAAUUAUUUGGAUUUUAAAUAAUAAUCCACAAAGAAAAACUGAUGACUUCAACACUAUAGAUAAUGGUAGAGAUUUUUGGGAUGGAAAAGAAAUGGAUUUCUCUACAAAAAUUGAAGAUUUGCAGAAUGAAACAUUUAGUGAUUUUGAAUUUGCCCAAAUAAUUGAAGAAUGUCGGCUUAAAUUAACAAAGUUUAUGCUAUCCUUAAUGCUCGAAGAAGGAAAUAUAAGAAAACACUUACAGCUCAUAAGAGAUUAUUAUGCCCUUGGAAGAGGAGAAUUAUUUCAACAGUUCAUAACUGCUGUAGAAGUUCAAUCUCAAGAUGCUAUGUUUGAUAAAGAUAUGGCCAAUUUAAAUUUCUUGUUCAUAGAAACUGCAAAGAAAUUAUAUGGAGAUAAUGAUACAAGUUAUCAACAGUUUGAAUUAGUUAUUACAGAAGGAAAUAUGAUAACCUCUAAUCUAUGGUCUCGUUUAGAAUUGAAUUUUGAUAUAAAAUGGCCUCUACACAUAGUAUUUCAUCCCAAGGCUAUGGAACUUUAUAAUAAGUUAUUUUCCUAUUUGCUCAGAUUUAAAAAGACUCAGAUGAAUCUCCACAGGCUGUGGCAAAAUCAAGUAUCUGGUAAACAGAAAAUAGAUCGCAGAUUAUGGACACUGAGGCACAAUUUAAUGUUUUUGAUUUAUAACCUGCAUUACUAUCUACAAGUUGUGGUUAUUGAAUCUAAUUUCUCCAUUUUGGAAAAAGCUAUCAUGAAUGCUAAUGAACUGGAAGAUAUCCUUAGGGAACACCAUAUAUUCAUUAGCAAUCUUCUAUCUAAAACCUUCAUACUGGAUGAAGAUGAGAGUCACAUCUAUAAAAAUAAACACAGGCUGUACCAAGAUCCUGCAGUACAUAUGAAUGUUCCAAGUAGAAUUUAUAGAAAUAUAAUGGCUCUAUUAGAACUUUGUGAUGACUUUUCCAUAACAGCAAAAUUUUGGGAUGAAGAUCUUACAGAACCACAAGUACUAGAACUUGAAGAUUUCCAGAAAAGAGCUGAUAGUCUUAUCGAAACUUUGUUGGACACUUUAUUCCACUUAAGAAAGAAAGAGAAGGGAGAUCAUCUAUUUCAACUGUUAGAUCAAUUGAAUUUUAAUGAAUACUUUAAGAAAAAUUAGACAAGUAUUUAUAUCGUUUGAAUAUAAUUGUAAAAUAACAAUUAAAUACAUAUUUAAUUUA